AAUAAAAAGGAAAUCUUCAUGUCAAAAGAAAAGCUUCAUCAUUACGAGCAGCCCGGACAUGAAUUAGGCCAAUCAAUCAGGCCACUUCCUACCCAACUCCCCUCCAGCAGCUUUGCUCUGGCUCUGCCAUGGCGGCCAAGCUGACCCGGGAGCAGGCGGACGAGUGCAAGGAGGUGUUCGACCUGUUCGACGGCGACGAGGACGGCCGCAUCGCCGCGGGCGAGCUGGUCACGGCGCUCCGCUCGCUGGGCCAGAACGUGGACGAGGCCGAGGCGCGGGGCUUCCUCGAGGACGCGGGCGCGGGCGCGGGCGCCGCCGCCGUCGACCUCCCCACGUUCCUGGCCGUGGCGGCGCGCAAGGCCAACGCCGGCGUGUCGGCCAAGCGCCUGGUCGAGUGCCUCGACGCCUUCGACGACGACGGGAGCGGCGUCAUCCCCGCGGAGCAGCUGCGGCAGGUGAUGCUGACCCACGGCGACCGGCUGACGGAGGAGGAGGCCGACGAGCUUGUCCGCAAGGCCGACCCCCGCGGCGAGGGCCGCGUCCAGUGCAAGGAGCUCGUCAAGGUGCUCAUGAACAACAAGUGAUCCUCCCGUCGGUCGACGGGCCGAGCGGAGCCAUCUUCCCCGCUUCUUCCCUUCUCUGAUCGAUCGAUCUGGGGAGUGAUGGAUUGCUCUUGGGUGAUGAAAAUGGCGCCAUGUUUCUGAAUCUUGUGCCGUGACGGUGUUACUGUGAUGCUGGAUCGAUGUGAAUGCUCUGCGCAUGCAAAGUUCUGGCUGCAAUGUGUAUGUGUACUGCAUUUCUUUCGUUUGUAUGUAUAAUAGUUGUACGUAUACACGAAUCGCAUAUGUGAUGAAGAUUCUGCACAUGUAUCAAAGGCAUUGGCAGUGCAGAUCCAGUGCGCUGCUUCCUUGGUUUCGUUAGUGGAAUCGGAAGGACUCGAAAAUGAGUAUUUACAUUCUCCACCGUUUCAAUUUACUUCGAAUGUUUGUUUCUUGA